CCAAACCUGCAGCCAUGACUGACCUGGAGAAAUGCAUGGAGUCCCUCAUCGCCAUCUUCCAUCGCUAUGCCAAAGAUGACGGCGACGGCAAGACGCUGAGCAAAAAAGAACUGAAAAAACUGAUGGAGGCCGAGUUGCCCACCUUCCUCAAGACUCAGAAGAACCCCAAAACGGUGGACUGCAUCUUGCAGGACCUGGACCACAACAAGGACGAGAAGUUGGACUUUGAAGAGUUUCUCCCUCUGGUUGCUGGGAUCUCUUUGGCCUGCGAGAAGUGCUAUGUGCUGCACCAGAAGAAGGGCAAACAAUGAAGAGUGUGUUGUGCAUGUAUAAACAAACCUUUGACAAGA